CUCCACAGAGCAUUAGGACACAGGAUGUCUGAGGUAGGACUUGAGAAGAUGAGUGAUUCUGAGGAAGAGGAGGACAGAGCAGCGUCUGUAUUAUCCGGCUGCCUGUCUAUGAGGAGUGACCGGUCCAUAGUGGAACCUCCAUUCUUCAGUAAUGAACCUGGACCCUCAGGCACAAAAGUUCAGUACAGGAGAGCAGAGUCUGUAUUAUCCGGCUGCCAGUCUAUGAGGAGUGACCGGUCCAUAGUGGAACCUCCAUUGUUCAGUAAUGAACCUGGACCUUCAGGCACAAUAGAGAAGAGGAGGAGGAAUGAUUCUGUGGAGCAACAGCUGUCCAGAUCCAGAACAAGUCAGACCAGCACUGUACUAAUGAUUGGUGGUCAGCAUAGACAUAAGAUCAGUCUGACGAGGAUAUAUAAAUGUGUGACUGAAGGAACUGAAUGUGUGACUGAAGGAACUAGUGAAACAAGAAGUGAAACAUCCUUCAACAGGAUCUACACUGAGGUCUACAUUACAGAGGGACAGAGUGAAGAGGUUAAUACCCAACAUGAGGUAGUGCAGCUUGAGACAGCUUCCAAGAUGAGGAUCUUCAAUGACACUCCAAUCAAGUGCCGCGACAUCUUUGAGGCCUUACCUGGCCAACAGAAACGAAUCAGGGUUGUUCUGAUGAACGGUGUUGCUGGCGUUGGAAAAACCUUCUCAGUGCAGAAGUUCGCUCUGGACUGGGCAGAGGGUUUGGAAAACCAAGAUAUCAGUCUGGUGAUUCCGCUUUCUUUCAGGGAGCUGAACUUGAUCAAAGAUGAGCAGUACAGUCUUCUUUUUUCCCCGCUUUCCCCUCAAGCUGCUUCACCUUUUCCAUCCAGCAUUAAACACAUAAAAAGCAGACUUUCACUGGAUUUUAAGAACAGGAAGGUUAUGUCUGAUGUCACACAGAAGUCAUCAGUCAACCUGCUGUUGACAAACCUCAUCAAGGGGAACCUGCUUCCCUCGGCUCUCGUCUGGAUAACUUCCCGACCUGCAGCAGCCAAUCAGAUCCCUCCUGAAUGUGUUGACAGGGUAACAGAAGUACGAGGCUUCACUGACCCCCAGAAAGAUGAAUACUUCAGGAGGAGAGUCAGUGGAGAGCUGUCCAGCACAAUCAUCUCACACAUCAAGACAUGCAAGAGCCUCGACAUCAUGUGUCUGCUCCCAGUCUUCUGCUGGAUCACCGCUACUGUUCUUCUCCACAUGUUAACUACAGACUCGAGAGGAGACCUGCCCAAGACGCUGACUGACAUGUACUCACACUUCCUUUUGGUUCAGACAAAGAGGAAGAAUCAGAAGUAUGAUAAUAAACAAAAAAAGAGUCCACAGGAGCUGACGGAGGCUGACAGGGAAUUUCUUCGGAAGCUGGGUAGGCUGGCAUUCGAGGAGCUACAGAAAGGAAACAUCAUGUUUUACCAAGAAGACUUGCAGCGGUGUGGUCUUGAUGUCACAGAGGCCUUGGUGUACUCCGGAGUUUGUACAGAGAUCUUCAAAAGAGAGAGUGUGAUCUUCGAGGAAACUGUCUACUGCUUCGUUCAUCUGAGCGUUCAAGAGUUUCUAGCUGCAGUCUAUAUCUACCACUGUUACACUAACAGCAACACAGAGGUACUGGAGGACUUCCUUGGGAAAGACUGGAAAUCCAACAAGAGUGACUCAUCCCUGGAUGUCUUCCUUAAGAGAGCCAUGGAGAAAUCCCUUGAAAGUAAAAAUGGCCACCUGGACCUGUUUGUCCGCUUCCUUCAUGGCCUCUCUCUGGAGUCCAACCAGAGACUCUUACGUGGCCUGCUGGGUCGGACAGACAGCAGUCCAGAAAUCAUCCAGAGAGCCAUCAACAACCUCAAGGAGAUGAACAAUUAUGACGUCUCUCCUGACAGAAACAUCAACAUCUUCCACUGUCUGACGGAGAUGAACGACCACUCAGUACAGCAGGAGAUCCAAGAGUUCCUGAAGUCAGAGAACAGAUCAGAGAAGUCACUCUCUGAGAUCCACUGCUCAGCUCUGGCCUACAUGAUGCAGAUGUCAGAGGAGGUUCUGGAUGAGUUGGACCUGCAGAAGUACAACGCAUCACAGGAUGGACGACAGAGACUGAUUCCAGCUGUGAGGAAUUGCAGAAAGGCUCGAUUGUGUGGCUGCAGUUUGUCAGAGGUCGGCUGUGCUUCUCUGGUCGCAGCUUUGAAUUCCAACCUCUCCCAUCUGAGAGAGCUGGAGCUGAACUUCCUCCAGGUGUUGCAUUCAGGAGUGAAACAUCUGUCUGCUGGACUGGAGAGUCCACAAUGUAAACUGGAGACUCUGAGAUUGAGUAAAGGCAGUUUGUCAGAGGUCAAUUGUGCUUCUCUGGCCUCAGCUCUGAAGUCCAACCCCUCCUAUCUGAGGCAGCUGGACCUGAGUGACAUUUGUCUGGGAGAUUCUGGUGCGAAGCUGCUGUGUGAUCUUGUGGAGAGUCCACAUUGUAGACUGAAGACUCUGAGAUUGAGUUGCUGCAGUUUGUCAGAGAUCCGCUGUGCUUCUCUGGCUUCAGCUCUGAAGACCAACCCCUCCCAUCUGAGCGAAUUGGACCUUAGUAAAAACAGCCUGCAUGAUUCAGGAGUGAAGCUGCUGUGUGGUUUUCUGGAGAGACCAUACUGUAGACUGAAGACUCUGAGAUUGUGGGACUGCAGUUUGUCAGCGGUCAGCUGUUCUUCUCUGGCUUCAGCUCUGAAGUCCAAUCCCUCCCAUCUGAGGGAGCUGGAGCUGAGAAACAACGAUCUGAAGGAUUCAGGAGUGAAGAUGCUGUGUGGUUCUCUGGAGAGUCCGCACUGUAAACUGGAGACACUGGGAUUGAGUUCCUGCAGUUUGUCAGAGAUCAGCUGUGCUUCUCUGGCCUCAGCUCUGAAGUCUAACCCUUCCCAUCUAAGAGAGCUGGAUCUGAGAGGAAACACACUGCAGGAUUUAGGAGUUAAGCUGCUGAGUGAUCUGAAGAAGAGUCCGCACUGUAAACUGGAGACUCUGAGAUGGAAGUUUACUCACUAACAGUGAUCAGAAAGGUGGAUGUGUUGAGAGGCUAAGCUGUGUCCUGAUGAUCCAGAGAGGUUAAGCAGCCUCAGCUCUGACUGGGUCAUAUUACUGGGAUGACUCUUAGUGCUGCAGUCUUGAACUGCUCUGAGAUCAGCUCCACCAUCAUCAUCAUCAUCAUCAUCAUCAUCAUCAUCAUCAUCAUCAUCAUCAUCAUCAUCAUCAUCAUCAUCAUCAUCAUCAUCAUCAUCAUCCCUGUGUGUUCCUCUGGAUCUGUAUCAUCAGUGUAUCAGGACUGCUCUGCUGCUGCUCUGUCCUACACAGUCUCUGCAGACACACUAAGACUCUUCCACGUCUUCUGCUCCACACUCAUUCAACUCCUCCACCUGGACAAGAAGAUAAAACCUGUAGAAAGUGUGGAUUUAAUCAAAGCUCACCGAAGUCUAAAAACUAAAACACCAUUCUGAGUAUCAGCAGACUUUUAAUAAUAUAAUUGGUUAAGAAUAAGAAAAAGCCAGUUAAAAGGACAGACUCCAAACAUGUAUCAUUGUUAUUAUUAUAUUUCAUAUAUGAUAUUUCAAUUUCCUUUUUUUUUUGUUUUGUUUUUUUACAAAAAAUACCUGCAAAGUCUGUUGAUAAUUAUCCAAAGCUUUGUCGCUCCAUGGUGUUUUAAGCCCCAAACGUCUCCUUCCAGGCAGCGCUGAGACCAUUGACUUAAAGGCACCUAACCCUAACCUUAACCCUAACCAUUGCCAAAUCCUAGUGCCUUCCAGGCAGCGCUGCCUGGAAGGAGACAUUGGGGGCUUAAAACACCGAUAAAUGGCUUUGUCACUGUGAACAACCCCUUUCAUUUCCACAUUGUCAUUUGAACCAUUGUUAAUAUAAACAUUUUGAUCAGAGUAGCUUUUAGUCAAUCUCUGGAUUUUGAAAAAGCCAUUGCAGUCUUAAAGCUGAACAUUUUUACAACUUGUUACACAUUUUUUUGCUCUUUUUCUGUUGACAUGAAAUGAAUCAGCAAAAGAUAUUAAACUUGUCUUAGUGUAAUGUCAUGUACAUGUUUAUUACAGCUGUGUAUUGGCAGGGGAUUCAAUUCAAUAUAAAGCAUGAAAUCAAUAUUCAUAUAUGUAGGUGACUGAAAUACCCAGAUAAUUCAUGAGAGUACCUUCUGAUAUUUGUGAUCUAAUACCAUGUGCAUUAUCGAUGUGGUUUAGAACAAAUUGUACUAGCAAAACUUAUUUUACCAUUUCCUUAUUCUUAAUUAAGCAAAAAGAAUAAACUAUUCCCAGCAUUGUAUGCUGUAAUGCAUUGAAAUAAAAUGGUAAGUACACACACUACUGCACAAUGUAAAUAAUGUACCCAACCCUAAAGUUUAUGUAUACAUAAAUGUCCUGCAUGUUGGUAUAAAUCUCUGUAUCACUCUAUCACCAUCAUCACCUCUAUCAACCUGCCUUAUUAAGGCUGGUUGUCGAAAGUCAAUGUUUUUGGUAACCGACUAAAUUGUGAAGAGAGUAUUGUAAACGCGAAAAAGUUUCAUGCUUGGUUAUAUUUUCAGUCUUGUUUACUUAUUAAUUAAUAAGAUAUUUCCUGAUUUAAAUCAUAUUUUGGCUACUUUCAGUCUGUAUGUCCUAACUCAAAGUGUAUUCACCACCAUUCUUCUUCUGUAACAAAAACAGGCACAAUGUUGACGUAUUUUUUGCAGUGCAUAGCCAUUUAUUAAUGUUUAAGAGCACGGACAAAGCUGUACAAAAACCACAGCAGAAAGGCAGCUUUUUGCAUGAAGACAAAUGAAAACAAGUUGCAUUACAAAAUAAAUUUAAAGAACCCUUUUAUUUUUUUAGUUAACAGAUUACAAGAUGAAUGUCAUUUGACAUUUUGGAGUUAGAUCAAUAUGAACUCUUGGUCCUUAUUAUACCAGAUGAUUUGGGAAUUCUGAGCUACAGUGAAGUUAAAUACUGUAACCACCAUAAAGGCCCAUAUCACUGUUUUUACAAGCAAUAUCCCCUUAACAAUGUAUGCUUUAUAUUACAGAUAACCCUUUUGUAAAUGCUGCUGUUUUUCUUUACAAUUCCUACCUUCCAUGCAGUCACUGGUUUCCAUUUUGUCCGUGCAGUAUUUCAAUAAAUUCUCUUGAAACUUGG